AUGCCACCAAAAGACACCAUCGUCACCCCGAAAGAAACACUCAUCAACUGGCUCGCCGUGCUCGCCAUCCUCUUCAUCGGCGUCCCCCUCUUCAUCCUCCCCGUGACCGUCCUCCUCCUGCUCCUCUUCAUCACGCCGCUCAUCGUAUACCUCGUGAUCAACUGUGUCAAAGAGCUUGCGUUCCCUCCGAGAGUCCUAGUGCUGCUGUUGACCAAGCCCAGCAACGAAACGACAAAGCUCCUCAACGCUACCAGGAUCCAGAAAAAGUGGAAGGGCAAGGCCCGUGCAAGGGAUCUGGAGGCCCAGACACCGAUUGAGCAGCUUGACGGGCCGUCGAACAGCCGUCAGAAGGCGGAGAAAAAAGAUAAAGCCGCUGCAGCAGAAUCCGGAAAAGUGUCACCAGCUAGCUCAGAGUCGGGGCCGUCAGAAGUAUUGCCGAGGGAGAGCCCCAUCAGGUAUUUGAUUUAUUUAUGCUCCUUAAUUGCGUCUUUGGUGUAG